AUUACGUCAUCAGCGCGCGCCAAAUUCAACAUGGCGGCCGUUGUUUAGUUGUUUUUAAUCUGCGGUUCCGAAUCCCAAACCCAAAACCAUUGAAUCCGACAGUCUUUCUCGUCUUCAUCCACCAUGAGCGAUGAGAAGGAACCCGAGGGCCGUAAUUUCUUCAUGGGUUAUGAUGAUCUGAGCGACAGCAGCAGUGACUCGGACAGUCAUGAGUCCAGUAAGAAGAGCCGCGUCGAGCCGGAACCGUCCGGAUCCUCGAACCCGCAGAGCCGCAAGCGAGCCGCCGAGCCGCUGCCGAACCCCGACGACCUGUUCCGGUCCGUCAGCAGACCCGCGUUCCUCUACAACCCGCUCAAUAAACUCAUCGACUGGGACAGGAGAACCGUCAAAGCGCCGGAAGAGCCGGUGAAGGAGUUCAAGCUGUGGAAGAACAGCGCGGUUCCCCCGCCGCACUCGUACGAGACGGAGGAGAAGAAGAAAGCUCCCGCCGGGAUGGACAUGGCCAUUAAAUGGUCGAAUGUUUACGAGGACAACGGAGACGACGCCCCUAAACCUCCCGGAGGCCAUGCCCACUUCCUGCCCGAGGGGGAGGAGCCACAGCAGCCCGACUCUGAUGACGAGGACGCGCAGAAGAAAUCUGCUAAGAAACGUCACGUUGAAACGUUCCAGCAGAAGGAGAAGAGGAAGCGUGACAUCGGUCAGGCCACGUCAGACAAGAACUUCGUGGAGGAGGAGAAGCGGAUCCUGCGCCAGUCUGCGGACUGAAGCGUGUGUGUGUGUGUGUGUGUGUUUAUUUUACAGUUUACCCGUCAGGAAUCAGCCUCUGGAUGAAGCGAGUCUGGGACAUUUUAAAUGUGUAAAUCCAACAUCAUGUCCGUGUGCGUGUGUGUGUUUGUGUGUGUGUGUGUGUGAGGGGCGAUCCUGCAUUAAGUUAUGUGUUUGUGUUUUGGACGUCACUGUAAGUUUGAUCUCAACUGUACAUUUCAAGCUUGUAAAGAACAUUUUAGUUUGAUGUUUCUUGUAUGAUUCAGAUGAUUCAUAGUUUCUCAAAUUGAUAAAGUCCUUCUCUCCGAGUCUCUGUUGGUGUGUUUGUAUCGUAUUGUGUGUGUGAGAGAGAGAGAGAGAGAGAGAGAGAGAGAGAGAGUGAUUGUGUCUGGAUGAGUGUGUGUGUGAGAGAGAGAAAGUGUGUGUGUGUCCUGGUGAACUCUACAUUAUAUACAAAAUGUAAAAUGUCUCCACAAAGAUGAUAAUCAUUUUUAGUCCCACUAAAGAAAACAGUUUAUAAAUCA